CUAACCUCACAGUGGUACUGCUUUGUGUCUUGUCGGCAGCCAACUCAUCAUUAAUAGAGGAUAACAUAUGAACGAUUUAACAGUAUUCAGGACGAUGAGUCUUAACGCUACACGAGAGCGGUGUUAUUUUUUACUACUGUUGCACGUAGUUUGUUGCAAAAGUUAGAUACGCUAAUCAAGCUAAGUUAGCUAGCAAGCUGCAGCGACUUUUCCUCCACAGGAAGAAGACGAGAGGAGAUACUUGCAAUGUAUCCUAAUGGCUUCAACUACUGCAGUAGAAAAAGAAACGUGGCAUGAGGGUGAUAGAUGUCUGGCUCCUAACCCUAGAGAUGGCACCCUUCGAGAAGGCACCAUCCAGAGACUGACCUCCACCUCUCACAGUGAUGAUACCACCGCGUGGGUGAUGUUCACUGAUCGUAGUAAAGAUGAAGAGGGGGAAGAAGAAGAGGAGGAGGAAGCUGUGCCUGUUUCAAAACUAAUGAGAUCAGGCGUAAAUCACUUUACCAAGGAGAAACCUGUGUUUGCUAACAGUGUCACACAUCCCAGAGUAUGUGUCCCCUUAAAGCUGGGUGAUGCUGGUGGAGACAAAGUCCCCUACACCAUCAACAGAUACUUGAGGGAUUAUCAGAGAGAAGGUAUCAGAUUCAUUUACAACAACUACAUGCAUUCCAGAGGUUGUAUCCUGGGGGAUGACAUGGGCCUGGGAAAGACUGUGCAGGUCAUUGGCUUCCUUGCUGCAGUGUUGCACAAAACAGGAACAUGGGAGGACAUUGAGAACAACAGACCUCAGUUUCUGCAGAGUCAGAUUCCCUCCAAGCAGAGUAAACCCCACAAAGUGUUCCUGAUUGUAGCCCCGCUGUCAGUCCUUUACAACUGGAAAGAUGAACUGGACACAUGGGGUCACUUCCAGUGUGUGGUGGUCCACGGGCUGAGGAAAGAGGAGGAGCUGGCUCGCAUCAAGAAGGGACGCAUUGAGAUCGCUCUCACCACAUACGAGACUCUUCGGCUUUGUCUGGAUCAGUUUAAUAACAUAGACUGGUCUGCUGUGGUUGUGGACGAGGCUCACAAGAUAAAGAAUCCAAAUUCCCAGAUCACUCAGGCCAUGAAGGAUCUGAAAUGUCAGAUCAGAGUUGGCCUCACUGGCACCAUCUUACAGAACAACCUUGAGGAAUUGUGGUGUGUCAUGGAUUGGGCUGUACCUGGUUGUCUUGGCAGCUUAGGAAAUUUUAAGAACAAGUUUUCAGAUCCCAUUGAGCAGGGGCAGAGACACAACGCAACAAAACGUGCCCUAGCUACAGGGAGGAAGACUGUCAAAGCCCUGGUGAAGAAGAUUUCCCACAGGUUCCUCAGAAGGACUAAAUCUCUGAUUAAGGAACAACUGCCUAAGAAAGAUGACAGGGUGGUGUAUUGCUCAUUGACUGACUUUCAGCACACGGUAUAUCAGACAGUGCUGGACACUGAAGAUGUGACAUUAUUACUGAGGUCUACAGAGAAAUGUGACUGUCAGAGUGGACGUACCCGGAGAAGCUGCUGCUAUAAAACAAACUCAGAAGGUGUAAAAAUCAUGGAUCUAUACUUUAGUUACUUGGCCAUAUUGAGGAAGGUUGCCAACCAUGCAGCACUGCUACAGUCCACUGCAGGAACCAGCAAGAAACAGGAAAAGUAUGUAAGUGCAAUUUGUCAAAAAGUAUUCCAGAAGUUUCCGGACUUUGUGCAAAGAUGCAAAGAUGAAGCAUUCGAGGCCCUGUCAGACCCGACGUACAGUGGGAAAAUGAAGGUUUUGCAGAAGCUGCUUAAAUAUUAUCUGCAAAAGAGAGAUAAAGUGCUUAUUUUUUCUCUCUCAACCAAGCUGUUAGAUGUGCUGGAAAGCUACUGCAUGGCUGAAGGGCUUGACUACAGCAGGUUGGAUGGAACCACAAAAUCCAAAGAGAGACUCCAGAUUGUCAAGGAGUUCAACAGCUCCUCACACAUCAACCUCUGCUUGAUUUCCACCAUGGCGGGUGGUCUUGGUCUAAACUUUGUAGGGGCCAAUGGGGUUGUACUGUUUGACCCAACGUGGAACCCAGCCAAUGAUCUCCAGGCUAUUGAUAGAGCUUACCGUAUUGGCCAGUGCAGGGAUGUGACUGUUCUCAGACUGAUCUCACUGGGGACUGUAGAGGAAGUGAUCUACCUCAGACAAGUUUAUAAACAGCAAUUGCAGUGCUCAGUUUUGGGCAAAGAGAGUGCACGGCGGUACUUUGAGGCAGUGCAUGGUGUCCAUAAGGGGGAGCUGUUUGGGAUCAAAAACCUCUUCAGGCUGCAGACCCAAGGGACAUGCCUAACUCGCAAGAUUUUAGAGCGAGAAGGACAAGUGGAGGCUGGUGUAAUGACAACCAGCACACACACAGGCGAAGAGAAGGAGGAGGAGACAAAGAGAGAUAGCGACCCAGGAGAUUCUUCAACUACAAAUGCCAUUACACUGAGUGAUCAACGAGCAAAGGAGAACAGAGAUGCAUCAAAGUUCCCCAGAGGGGUGCUUGACUUCAGCAGUGGGAGCGAAGAGGAGAAGGAGGAGCAGGGGGUUAAGAGGAAGGCCUCAGACAGCGCAGUGGAUAGCACAAGUGGUGGGAAUGCUGUCACUGGUCCUGGUCGAAUGACUCUCCUCCAGCAUGGUUUCUCCAGACUGCUCCAGGCGGUCAAAGAAAAAGCAGAGUUAGGAGAAGGGGACAGUAGUCCAGAUGUUGAAGAAAUCAGCUCUGAGGAAGACACUAAAGAUCAAGGGAACUCAGGAAAGAAGGAUAGUACCUCCUCUGGCACCAAUAAAUGCUCCAGUACAGCGAUUGGGAUAGUUAGUCUGCCUAAAUUGGGAACAAGGGUGGGAGAGAAUAGAGAUGGUGGGAGACAAGAGAGAAUUUCUCUGUUGAAACAGACUGAUGAUGCUGUUGGAAAAGGAGUGGUCCAGAAGGGUUGGGCCCAUAAGAAAAUUAUAGUGGACAAAGAAAGUGAUGAAAACUCCUCACCAGACAGAAAGACAUGUAACAAGCUAAAAAACAUUGUUCCCAAAGUGCACCAAUUUAAGGGUUACUCAGAUGAAUCUGAGGAUUUGGACAUAGAUGAAAUGACAUGCCCUAAGAAGGAUGCUUUAAGUUCACACAGUAGAGGAGGAAGAGUAGGUUACAACAGAAAGAGGCUAAGUUGUGGUGUAAGGGACAAGGCCAGAUCCACACAUACAGAGGACAUAGAGACUUUCACAUCGUCAGAGGAUGAGCACACUCCUGUUAAGAAAGAGAGAUCUAAAGGGUGUCACUUUACAACUCCAAAGACAGAUAGACCCAGAGCAGCAGAAACAGACAGGACAGACAUAGAGAAACAAACAGGAGCAUCCAAAGCUGUUUCAUUUACAUACCUGAAAAGUCAGAGAUCCCCAGCAUCCAAAGGAGAAGGUGGAACCAUCGACAGUGUGUUAGGGGGUGUACAGGAGGUGGUGUAUACCCACUCUAACCAACGCGUUGUGGGCGGGAGCAGAGCAGAGGAGAGGAUCAGUAGAGCUGCUGUGCGAGACGUGUUUGAACGAAAGAUGUAUUCUCAACUCCCAGCUAAUCACCUUCUCAGUACCCAGGAGAGCUUGUCAUCAAGCCCGCCAGACAGUCCUCCCCGCCCUGCUACUGUCAGACCAGAGAAGCCAAGUGUGGACCAACCAGUCACCUUCACCAACAAGAGUGUACACCACACCAGACAAACCACAUUCAUCAUUGGAGAGACUCCCCAGGCUAUAUGCAGGCAGCAGCUGGAGGAGAUGGCAGCAAAAUUAAAAUUCGCCUCAGUCCAUCAAUUUGCAGAGAAGGUUCUAAGAAGCAGCUCAACCCAGAGACUGGCCUGGCUACGGCUGUAUUAUACCUCACUGAACAAUCCUGAACUGGCCAACACAGUCAAAAACAACUUCCCACAACUUGAUUCAGCACUGACAUCCUCUUCUUCAAAUGCUACAUCCAGAACCUUACAAAAGGAUGUUCAAAACCCCAAGAGGAGGUCUAAAUACUCUCAGAAGUAUCUGGAACCCCAGACUGAGCCUGGAACCCGAGACAACAAUGUGCCUUUGCCUCAGAAAAAGCCAAAAAUCCCACAAAAUGAUGUUCCAGAACUGAAGAUAGAGCUUAAAAAAGAUGGUUCAGAACCCCAGAAAAAGCAAACGAACCCACGAAAGAAUGUUCUACAAGCUGUAAGUGAUGUUCCAAGUCCUGAGUCAGAGGAGCAGGAGGAGACGGUCUGCAGUGCCAGAGGACACAAGAGGACAAAGAGGGGUAGUGUUUCUAGUCCUAGAGCCUCCAGAGCUGGUGGUGGUCUUGGCGUGGAUCGGGCCGGCAGCAGUGGUCUGGGGCCCGGUGAGGCUGCUGCUUUCCUGAUCCACAGAGACAGAGAUACUCCCUCUUCUCUGGAUCUCAGCCAUGGUUGGUCCACCACAUUGUCAAAACCCACAGCACAGGGAAUGGAGCGAGAGCAAAAAUCGACUUCCAUGACUAGCAACAUUUUUAAAGAGAAGAAAGAAAAUGAUCAGGCCCUUUCCUCUCCAGAACAGGCCCCAUCCACCUCCAGUCACAGAUCCCUCCUCACAGAUCUGUUAGGAGACACCUCAAUCCUCAAUGACUUGUUAAAGCCCAAGCUCAGGGGUGUACAGCAGAGCAACUCCCCAAAAACAUCAUCUACAUCCUCCUCAGUGUCAACAAGCACAUGUCUUCCCACAACUCCUGCAUCCAGAAUUACAGUUAAUACUGAUCCUGGUGUAAAAGACUCUCUGUCCUCUUCAAGUUCACACACACCACCACAACCUACACACCAGGCGGCAUCAAAGGGCAGCCGGAAAGACUUCUGGGACAUCCUGAAUGAAGGUAAUGAAGAGUGUAUCAACCGGUUGACAGAUCUGGCAGAAGUGAAGAGGGUUUGCAUCAACACAAAUUUUGCAGCUAGAACUCAGUCUGUAGAGGAUGAAAGCAAAAGUCUGUGGAAGACUAACGAGAAGUUUCUGUGGAAGAAAUAAUACAGGAGACAUUUCAGAUUGUGUUAAAUUUGUUCUUAGUUAUCUUUUAGAACAUUUUAGAAAAGCUAAAUAAUAUUCAUAACAGGCCUUCUUGAUUCAGAUUUUUUAUUAUUUUUUUAAUUGUCAUAUCAUUUGUAACUUGACUUGUCUUUUUUAGUUCUAUCGCUGCAUUGAACGUUUUCUAAGUGAGUUAC